AUGGUCGAGGACUUGAUCGACCCAUACAAUGGAGACUGGAAUAGAGAGGUUUUACAGAAUAAUUUCCUUCCUAUUGAUGCGGCUGCUGUGCAAAUGAUUCCUUUGGGAAGGAUGGAAGAAGAUAACUGGGCAUGGCAUUUAGAGAGAAGUGGAAAUUUCAGUGUCCGGUCAGCUUACAGGGCAAUGCUUGGUGCUCGGCAGCAAACAAAUAAUCCAGCUAGCUCGGCAGGUGAUGAUAGAACAUUUUGGAAGAAGCUUUGGAAGAUGCCUGUACCCCCAAAGGUUCGUAAUUUUUGCUGGCGUGUGAUUAGAAAGUUUAUCCCAUGCCGAUCUAUUCUGAAGGAAAGACAUAUUGAACAAAUCAGUUUCUGCGAGGAUUGUGGAUGUGAAGAAACAAUCACUCAUUCUUUGUUCGAUUGUACAUGGGCUAAGCUGUUUUGGCAUCAAAUAAGGAACAUGUUGGGUGUCAAACUUCCUCGUUUGCAUCCGGACUCAUGGGCGAUGGAUAUGAUUGAUGGAGGUAUGGUCAGUGAUACAGAUGCCGUUGUCAUCUUAUGUGGAUGUUGGUCUGUAUGGUCAGAGCGCAAUGCAAAGAAGCACGGAGAUAAAGGGCGGUCGAUCCAAUGCUCGGUGAAAUGGACUGCUGAUGUGACUAUGGAUUUGAUAAUUUCAUCAAAAGAAGGAAAGAAAAUGCCUACUAAGGCUGACGAUAAAUGGCGACCCCCGGAAAUUAAUUGCAUUAAGCUGAAUGUGGACGCAAGUUUUUUGGCUGAUUGUCUCCAAGGAAGUACAGGGGUAGGUGUGCGCGAUCAUGAAGGUAAUAUGGGUCUCCGGAACAUCAUCGUUGAAACUGAUGCUUUGGCUAUUACGAAGCUCUGGAAUACCAAUAAUUUUGGGCGUUCAGAAAUUGCUGUUGUGCUUCAGGAAACUAAAGAGCUUUCAGAGAGUUUUCAGUUUUUUCUCUUUGAACUGCAAAAAAAAAAAUCUCUUUGCCGCAUCGACGAGCUCCGCCGCCUCCUUGUCCUCGCCGACGACGUCGUGGAGGGGCGUGGCGCGCGGAUGGCCGGCACCCGCUCCCGCCGGCGUAGAAGAGCGCGCACUCUGCCGCUGGUCGCCGAACCCUCACCGCCGGAACCCGCCGCUCUCAGCAGCUCCAGAGAAGUUGCUGUUGUAGGCACCUCAGGCUCUACCUCCUCGCUGUUGUCAGGACCUCAUGUUUGUGCAGAUCUCCCGGACACCCUGCUUCAUGAGAUCAUUGCUCUUUUUAAUUCUUUCCACGACUUCCUUGCUUUUAUAGGCACUUGCCGCUCUUGGCGCGCUGCAUUUUCUUCCUUCCCCUCCAUUUAUACCUCCAACUUUCCGCCUUUGCACCUAAAGCCAGAUCUUUAUGCUCGUCCGCAUAGCCGUGGUAUUAAGCCCGUCCUUUUAUCUGACUGCAAAUGGAAGCUGAGUGAUCCUACCCAGAAAAGCGUAUCCCUUUGCUGUUCUGUGCCCCAAAACACUCCAAAUCAGAUGCACUAUUUGGGCUGCUCAUAUGGGUAUCUUAUCUUCUCCUAUGAGGAGCACUGCCUCCUUGUCGAUGUGCACAAUGGUACCAAGGUGAAGCCCCCCAAACUUCCAUCCAACAACCGCCUUGGGUACUUUUGUGGCAUAGGCAUUCUUACAGGUCCACUUAGUUCACCCAACUCACGCCUCCUCCUGUGCACGGGAACCUCCAUGUUUGAGUGGCAGGUUGGAACAAACUCCUGGUCAGAACACCCUCUUGCCCUUAAAAGGGAACGCAUCCAUCAGAUAGUGUUCUUCAAAGGUGUCAUCUUUGUCAUGGAUGUUCUUGUGAGGCUCCACACUAUACACUUAUCACCUGAAUUCAGUAUGCAAAAAAUAAAAAUCGCGCGGGACCUUGAAUCCUUUUUUAUUAGCCCAUGGUUGGUGGUCUCUGGUGACAUGCUUCUCAUGCUUGACCUUCGCAUAGGAUCUGACGAGUUGAAUGAUGACUUGUGUUAUCACUUCUUUAAGGUCUUUCACCUUGACUUUUCUGUCGAGCCAGCCAAGUGGGUGAAGAUGGAGAAGCUGGAAAAUCAAGCUCUGUUUGUUAGCCUUGAUAGGAGGAAUCCUGCAUUUUCUUGCAUGAGCCCUGAAAGAUGGGGAGGAAAAAGUAACUGUGUUUAUGUUGCCAAGCUAUUUGAUGACCCCGAUGAAACUUGGACUGCUGUUGAGGUUGGGCAGCGAGUGCGAAAAGAAACUGUUCACAGCCUUUACUAUGGUCUUUCAUUCCCGUCGGACUACAGUCAUCUUGCUAGCCUCUGGCUGUACCCGAGUUUAGUCUAUGGUACUAGCCAGUGAUGUUGCUGAAGGGUUUUGGGCUUUUGGCUAUGCACAAGCACUGGCUAUUUCUGUUGUUUUACCUUUAGUUGGCGAUCAGCUCCUGCAACUACAAUGGUUUCCUCACCUGGCACCAGUGUUAUGUGUUCAAGGCCACUUAUUAUGUAUUACAUGGCUGGUUGUAAUGUGGCUAUCAUUUCUUGAUGCCUGAUGACAAUCUACUUCUUAGAAUGACUUCAGA